GUCACAUACGAGGUUGUUUCAGAAGGCGUUCGGGAGCAAGGGGAAAGCGGAAAAAAAUGGUUCCGUGCGUGUGUGAGGUUUGCGAUGCUAUUUCGACGAACGUCUCGCUUCCAGGAAAAUGUCUUGAUAUUUGAACUCAGUAGACUCAUAAUCAAUUCAUAAUGACUACAUUAUACCAAGGCAGACAUUUUAAACGUAUUGGAAGCAUUGGCUAUAUUUUUAUAAUUGUGUGUCUUUAUUCAGUAUAUAUUGGUACUGCUUUAGCAUCAAAAUAUUCCCAUCAGCCUGAAAUUUGUAAUCCACCUGAACUGAAUAAUCAGAAUGGCAUUAUAAGGAGUCCAAAUUAUCCAGUGUUAUACCCAAAUCAUACCAGCUGUACAUGGGUCAUAAAUGCUCCUCCAGAAGGUGUAGUAAAAAUAAGCAUGAUAGACUUUGAUAUUGAAGAAGAUGUAAACUGUGGAUUUCCUCCUUGUUGUACACAUACCUGGCUGUCCUUACCAAAGGAUGGAGGAGGGGAUACAAAACAAUAUUGUGGACUGCACAGACCUCCUUCAGUUAUAUCAGUGCCACAAGUCAAGACAAACAUCAAGUUCCACACAUCAAAGGUUGUCAGAGGAGGAAGAGGAUUUAUGCUUAAUUAUACAGUUACAUUAGUAUCGCCAUGCUCUGGUCCAGAUGAAAUCCCAUGCAUGGAUGAAGAGGCACGUUGUUUCAACAAUGUGACUGAACGUUGUAAUGGAGAAAUGGAGUGCAUGUCAGGUUCAGAUGAGAAGGACUGUGUCAAAUGUGGUCCUGGUGAAUAUGCUUGUCGUUCAGAUGAAGGAUGUUAUAAGGUUCAUCAACUCUGUGAUAACAAAGCAGAUUGUAGUGAUUACUCUGAUGAAAUGGCAUGUGAAAAAAGUUGUGAUGGCAAAACUGCAUGUGUCAAUGGUGAUGGAUGUUACACAGCUUCUGAACAUUGCAACUCAGUGCAGAAUUGUGGAGAUAACUCAGAUGAAGCAGACUGUGGUGACAGCAAUGAUGAACAAAGUUGCAUUAAGGUGUCCAUCAUCACAGCAGCUAUCAUAGGUUCACUGAUCUGUGGUUUACUGCUGGUCAUUGCAGUUGGUUGCAUGUGUCGUCUAUAUAGCCUUCGCCUAGCUGUAUCUAACAAUUACAGGAUUCAGCAUGAUGAAGUCAGUCAUGUUUCUAGUGGCCUGAGGUCAGUCCCUCAUCCAGAGGAUUUCUUUCACCGUGAACCACCACCUGCUUACACAGUUACAGUAGGUGAGUGUCAGCAACUACAGCGUGUUACCCCACCAGGUUGUCGGGCAUUUACCUUUGCACCAUCAGAACAUCAUAUUUCAAACAUGCGGCAUCAUCAUAGUAAUAGACGAUCAACUCGGAGAUAUUCAAAUGGGCGAAGAAGAUCACAGAGAAAUUCUAUUGGAAGUAGUGCCUCUCCUACUGGAGCUGAUCUUGUGUUGCCAGGAACAGACCAAUCUAGGCAUAGAUCACCACACUGUCCAGGCUUUCCUCCAUUGCAUAGUUUGGUUUGUACUCCAUCCAUUCCAGUUUCAACUACCUUGGAAACAUCAUUAGCUGCACAGCAUCGAGAAUCCAUGAUUGUUUCUGAUCAUGGUGCAAAUGAAAACAAAUCUAUGAAUUCAAACCAUAAUACUAUACCUACAAGUUCAGCACUUAGUAUGGCAUCCAGAGAAGAAAGAGAUCUUCUCACUCCUGUUGAAUUCUACGACACAUGCCUGGUUGACAUUCAACAAGAACCAGAGGCAAGAGAUGAAGGACGUUAUUCUUCUCCGCUUUUUUCAUCUAGCUCCACCUCAACCUCUGAAUCUCCAAGUAGAGAGAGUGUCACAUCAUCUACAAGUCUACUGUCAUACCUCUCGAGCAAUGAUGAUACUCAGCUGCUUGUAGUGCCACCACAGUAAAAAUAUUUAAUAUCCAGGAUUAAUCUAUUUUGGGUUAUUGUACAACAGCAUUAACAGAUUUGUAUUAUUGCUACUGAAGUAUUUGAAGUGUGAUUUCAAAAAAUUAUAUUUGAAGCACUCUCUUCUUCCUAAAUGUGUUUCAUUUUUAAUUUAACCACUACCUGAUACAGUCUAUCAUCAUGCAUAUCAUCUUUGGCAUUUAAUAAUACUUAGUGAAUAACAACCUGUACAGUAUAUACUGUGAAGAAAAAUUUACACUGCAGAGUAAAUUUUCCUUCCUAAAUGAUCUUAUACAAAACUUAUGUUUUAAUGUGUACUGAUUUCACAAUCUUCAGCUUGUGAAUUUACAAUUCACUAUAAACACUAGAAGUAUAUUAAUGAGGCUGUCAUUGUUCUCAAUGUAGAAUGUUCUCUUAAGCCAUAGAGAUGGCUUCAUUUAACUUGGGUAUUUAUCUGAUUUCUAAAACUGUACUUAGUAGUCACAGGUACUACAGGACUGGAAACAUACCCCUCUUUUUGGUGUCAUGUCAACAUCGCCAUAACUUUCUUCUAUUGAUAAUGUAAACAGCGUAGCACCACAAUGACUCACCCUAGAUAAAAUAUUCCAAUGCUUUGGAUUUGAAACAUUAUUUGCAACUUCUCCCUCUACUUUAUUCCAUAUUUGCCAAGUAAUCCAGUCUUCUUUGCCCCAGAUUUAUGGGACAUUCCAUGUAUCUUUAUAAAAUAUUCCCAAUUUAUUUAGAAUAUCAUAUUUAAUGUGAAGUAUUCUGUAAAAUAAGUUCAGCUUUCAGAACAGUAUGCUGCAUUCUUAUACAUUGAUAUUGAUGUAUUUUCAGAUGUUUUGUAUAUAAUGUUUAAGAGAAGACUCUCAUGUUUUUGCACAAACCUUUGUAUUUAAUAAAUAUUAAAAUGAGGGCUUGCAAAGCAAAAGGAAGUCCCAUAUAUGCAAGAAUGGAUGUAUUAUGUACACUGUAUAAAACCAAAAGCAUAUAUUUGUAGAUAUUGUAAAUGAGGCUGUACAAUACAGAAAUCAGUAAUUUAAGGAUAAGAGAA